AUGGCUCCCAUCCCUAUGCCUGCUCGCGGCGCCCAUACCACGCCGAAGUUCGACUCUACCAAGCCUGGUGAGCUGCGCCGCUACUUCGACGACGACGAGUUCCUGCUCGCCCAAGCCGCCAUCACCACCACGCUCGAGAAAAAGAAGGCGUGCUCACGCUACUUGUCAGUUGCAGACCAAGAACUGGUCGAAGGCCUUGACGAGUUCAGCGACGCCACCAAGACCUACGAGGAAUUCAAGAAAGCGGCUUUAGCGCACUAUGCGGGCAACGACGAAGACCACUUACACACCUUGAAAGACUGGGACGCGCAUCUCCGAGUCGGCAGCACCGCCCGUGUGGGUAUCCACUCUGAAGCGGAGCUGGCCACGUUCUACCGCACCUUUGUCCAUAUGGGCAAAUUCCUCAUCGCCAAGAAGCGUCUCUCCGAAACGGAGCAAAGCCACGUGUUCCUGCGCGCACUGCAGCCUGCUUCGCUCCAAGCCGCUGUCAAGCAGUGCCUCCAAAUCAUCCGCCCAAACAUCCACGCUGACGACCCGUAUGAGCUGAAAGACUUGUACGAGGCAGCGAAAUCCGCACUGGCGGGGGCCCCAUCCACUUUCCUGUCCACCACCGACUCCCUCGUAAAGCCCGAGCCAGCCCCAGCUGCGAUGAACUCCGAGCUCAAAGAGAUGCUCAUGUCGUUGACCAAGCUGGUCACGGUGCUCGGCCACCAGAUUCAGACCAACCAGCGCAACGCGGCCCAGCCCAAGUCUAUGAGGCCAGUUAUCACAAAAAAUUAUUUGCUUGUGGUUUGUGGUUUAUGA